AUGGACCGGGACAUUCAGAAGUCCCCAACAUUGGUAGAAUUUAUAGAUUUUCUGCAAAAGAGAGCUUUGGCACUGGAAACCGUGGACGCCAAUGGAAACCAACGGCAUCCCUCUUCGAGCAACUCUGUCAGGGCAGUCGGUGUAAGGGCCUCGAACAUCCUGUGGAGAGAGAAUCCCAACACCGAGAUCAGAUGCAUCCAGCUGACGACGGUCACCUAUGGUCUAAAAAGCUCCAGUUUCCUCGCUACACGGUGUCUGGAUGAGUUGGCAACUGUCUACAAAAAAGAUGAGCUUCCUCUUGCUUCUUCCAUUUUAAAAAACUCAACAUUUGUUGAUGAUGUUCUAUAUGCAGACUCAGAUUUAAAUAAUACAUUAGAAGCAAAAAAUCAAUUUGAU